AGAAUUAGGGUUGAAAUGAGAGAAAAAGGUAAAUGGGGAUUGCUUGAAGAAGAAGAAGUGAAGAAAAUGGGAGGGUUCGUUCAAGGAUCGGAUUUCAUAGAGGUCCAUUGCGGCUGCACCAGCAAGAAAUACGGCGAUUCCCCUGGUAAGCUCAGAGUGUCCGCCGCCGGCCAGUUCCUCAUCUUCCGUUUCUGCUCCGACGCCUGCAAUGCGGGGGAGCUGACACCAGAGGAGUUUGAGAAGCAUUCACAGAGAGAAGGGAUUAAGAAAUGGAAGAGCAGCAUUUGGGUAUCAGUAGAAGGGGUUAAGGUUCCAUUGUGGAGAACUUGUUUGCUUAAAUACUAUAAGCAUUCUGAAAAUGAGGCUAAUUGGACUUCUCGUGCUCUCCGGCGACGUAACUUCCACCGUGACGAGUUUAUCCGCUGCUCCGACUGCUGUAAGGAGCGGCGGUUUCGUCUCCGAACCAGAGACCAAUGCCGGAUCUACCAUGAUGCCAUGGCUGAUCAGAGAUGGAAAUGUGCUGAUCGUCCAUAUGACUUAAUAACAUGUGAUGACGACGAGGAGCGGGAGAGUCGAAAGAGUUGUCGGGGCUGUCAACGAUCAUCCAAGUGUCGAGGCUGCAUGUCCUGUGUGUGUUUCGGAUGUCUUCGGUGCCGCUUCUUGGACUGUCAUUGCCGUGCCUGCAUUGAUUUUGUGCAGAAUACAGCACCUUGAGCUUGCACUGUAUAUCAAACUUUAUGAUUCUCUGAUUGGAUUGUAAAGUGAAUUGAUGCAGUUUCUAUAA